CAGACUCCCUUUCUUACACAAACUUUUCCCUAUACUGUCCAAAUGCUUUCCAUCAGCGUUGUUUUUGCAUGAGCAAUGCAUUGACGUGCUGCUUCCCUCCCUCCAUGAACUGCAGCACAAUAUAGCUGUUACCUAAUUUCUUGUUUGACUUGUUAGCGUUUGGUGUGCCCUGCUACUUCAGAGGACUGAAUACUGUCCACCUCAUCUUCGAGCUGCUCUUUAAGGCAGGAAUGUCCUCCCCAUCCUCCUCAGCAUUGGAGACUGAGAUCUUCCAGUACAUUGAUCUGCAUCAAAGCGAUUUCAUUAAGGAUCUCAAGGAAUGGGUGGCUGUGGAAAGCGAUUCUGUGCAACCAGCCCUGAGGAAAGAAGUCAUACGAAUGAUGGCGUUGGCAGCAGGCAAACUUGCAGCUUUGGGAGCCACUGUUAAUUCAGUAAACCUGGGAUCACAUCAGCUUCCUGAUGGCCAGCACCUCCCACUGCCGCCUGUUAUUCUUGGGGAGCUUGGCAAGGAUCCACAAAACCCCACUGUCUGUUUCUAUGGCCACGUGGAUGUGCAGCCUGCCAGAAAGGAAGAUGGCUGGAAAACUGACCCUUACACAUUGACCGAAAUCGAUGGAAAUCUCUAUGGCCGUGGAGCAACAGAUAAUAAAGGACCGGUCUUAGCUUGGAUAAAUGCAGUGGAAACAUUUAGAGCCUUGAAAUUAGCUAUACCAGUAAACUUCAAGUUUAUUAUUGAAGGUAUGGAAGAAGCAGGGUCUUUGGGGCUAGAGAAGCUACUUGAAGAAGAGAAACAGUGCUUUUUCUCAAAUGUUGAUUACAUUGUGAUUUCGGACAACCUCUGGCUCGGCAAGAAGAAGCCUGCCCUCACAUAUGGGACUCGGGGCAACGCCUGCUUCUUUGUGGAGGUUGAGGGUGGUGACAAGGACCUUCACUCUGGAACUUUUGGAGGCAUCAUUCACGAGCCGCUGACGGACCUGGUAGCUCUGCUGGACAGCCUUGUGGAUCCCACAGGUCAUAUUCAGAUCCCUGGAAUCUAUGACAGUGUCGCUGCCCUGACAGAGGAGGAGAAGAAAUUGUAUGAAUCCAUUGAAUAUGAUCUAGAGGAACAUAAAAAUAAUAGUGGAGUGAAAAAAUUCCUCUACAGUACCAAGGAAGAGAUACUUCUGCACCUGUGGCGUUAUCCUUCACUCUCUAUUCAUGGGAUUGAAGGAGCUUUUCACGAACCAGGAAUUAAAACAGUCAUUCCAGCAAAAGUCAUAGGGAAAUUUUCAAUUCGCCAAGUCCCCUACAUGGACCUUUCAGUUGUGAAACAACAGGUGGAGGAGCACUUGAAGAAUGUGUUUUCCAAGAGGAACAGUCCAAACAAACUCAAAGUGUCUAUGCCACUGGGUGCGAAACCCUGGGUUGCUGACAUUAGUGAUCCACUAUAUAAAGCAGCAAGAAGGGCAAUAAAAACAGUUUUUGGAGAAGAUCCAGAUUUUAUUCGGGAUGGUUCAACAAUUCCUAUUGCCAGACUGUUUCAGACCAUAACGCAGAAAAGGGUGAUAAUGUUUCCGAUUGGAGCGGCCGAUGCUGGGGAGCACUCCCAAAAUGAGAAAAUAAGCAGACACAACUACAUUGAAGGAACCAAAGUGUUUGCAGCCUUUUUCCUGGAGAUAUCAAAGCUACGUGGGCAGUUACAUGAAACUUCCAGCCCAGAGACUAACAACUGAUAGACCAUCGUAACAAAAUUAGCAAAGCACUUUUUUUUUUUUAAUUUUUAUUUUUUAAUUUUUUUCAGUUUUAGGCUUUCUAAUUUCCUGGUCUGGAAAAACAUGUAAAUCACAUAUUUUAUGUGACUGAAUUUGUGGAAAAAAUAAAUGCUGUGCUAUUAUUUGGCAUACUGCUAAAUUACAUGCAUUUGUUAUUCAGCCAGUUAACUGGACUUACCCCUGAUGCUAUAAAACAGAGCUAUGGAUAAUUCAUUCUUAUGGAGUAGAAUGUAUUAUAUUUUACUCUUAAAAUUUAGGGCAAAGGGAAUUUUGACAUUUACUUCAUUAAAAUUACUUUAUUUCUAUUUUGUAGUAUGCCCAUGUUUAUGCCACCUAGCUCAUAUUCCAGUUUCUGAAUACAAGCAAUUCACACCACUUGUUUCUCCUAACUGUAUACAAAAUUUCACUACAGAACUUUAUGAAUAAAGGUAUGCUAUUAUGUUCAACUCUUCCCUGUCCUUCACAGAAGGUGUACAUAGGAAAUGCAAUACGGUGAGCUUGCUUCAUUUGAUGCAAAGACUUGCCUAUGAACAUUUACUUCUGGGAACAAUCAUUGAUGUCAGUAGAACUGCAGUAGU